CGGCGGAUCUGGCUGCCCGCGGCCGGCGGCUCUUCCUGCCUGCUGCAGCCAUGGGUCCGGCGGUGCUGCAGCUGCUCUCGGUGGCCUGCCUGGCUUUCACCCUCGGCAUGUUCGGGACGGGCCUGUCUGACCUGCGACAGAUGUUUGCGACCCAGAGCGUGGAGAAUAUCCAAUUCUUACCUUUCCUCACCACGGACGUCAACAACCUAAGCUGGCUGAGCUACGGCUUCCUGAAGGGCGAUUGGACACUGAUCAUUGUCAAUGCCAUUGGUGCGGCUCUUCAGACUCUAUACAUCCUUGUGUACUUCUAUUUCAGUCCGGAGAAGCGUGCCGUGCUGUUGAAGACCACGGGCUUGCUGGCAGUGCUCCUCCUCGGCUACUGCUAUUUCAACCUGCUCGUCCCCGAUGUCUCGACCCGCCUGGCCCGCCUGGGACUCUUCUGCAGCCUCUUCACCAUCACCAUGUACCUCUCGCCGUUGGCUGACCUGGCCAAGAUCAUCAGGACCCGGUCGACACAAUGCAUCUCUUCCCAUUUCCCUCUGACCGUCACCACGUUCCUGGCCUCAGCCAGCUGGACACUCUACGGACUUCUCCUUCAGGAUCUCUAUAUUGCCAUCCCCAACAUUCCGGGCAUCGUCACCAGCAUCAUUCGCUUCUGGCUUUUCUGGCACUUCCCUCCAGACCCCAACAGACCCUACAAGCUGCUGCAGGCCUGAAGACCCAGGACCGAGGACCCGCGAGUGCCGUCAGCGCUGGCCGAGGAAUGGGAAGAAGGCCCCCCACAUCCCACGGACAGUCUCCUGGCUCUCCGGAGACCCAAGGCCGCCUAGGCCCGUGAGACGCCCCGUUGCCGUCAGUGCCUCAUGAGUCACGCCACCUUGGUCCGAGUGGCAGCUCUAAAAACGCAAGGCCCUGAACGACACCUUAGAAGACUUAUACCGAUCUGCCUGGAUCCGGUGAAGUAGCGGACGGGGGAACGGCAUCGGAACCCAGGUGAUCAAGGGGAACGGAUUCCCUUCCCGUCCGCCUCAGAGAUACAGUGGCUUAAAAAAUGCCAUCUCUUGCCUCUCCCCUCAGCGGCCUGCGUUUCCACCACCAAAGCAGUGCAUCCGGGUGUGGCCUUAAUUGUCCCACAUCCCUGCUUUUGGACUGUUUUCUCUCCCUCUUCUCCUCUCUGACUCUGUCCCUGCUCUUCCCUCAGUCUCCAGGCCGCAGGCUGAGGGGCCUGGGUUUCUCCCCAGCUCCAAAUGAAGGACUUAAUGGUGACAUUCCAAUUGGGGGGGGGGGGUCCUCCCCCAGUUUGUCUC